AUGCAGCUGGGAAAGACGGCGGGGCAGGGAGGAGGUGUUAGAAGCGGGUGAGGAGGGGAAGCCCUAGAGUUCUGCCUGGACAAGGUCAGUUUAAGGUGCGUGUUAGGCAUCCGAACGUCAAGUUCUGGAGGGGUGCUCUCCCGAGAGGGUCCCGGCUGGAUCUUCCCCGUUCGCCGUCCCCAAUCCACAGGUGUGGACUCAGCAGCCCCGCUCUGCGCUGGGCGGGGCGGGGUCACGUGGCCGCGGGCUGGCGCCCCCUGGCGCGGAAGAGCGGGGGCGAAUGGGGAAUGGCUGCUGCCGGGGCGCGGGGGAUCGGCGAACACGGGGAGCUGGGGGAGCCCGGCCGCCCGGCCCUGUACUUCUGCGGGAGCAUCCGCGGCGGACGCGAGGACCGGGCUCUAUAUGAGCGGAUCGUGACUCGGCUGCGGCGAUUCGGGACUGUGCUCACCGAGCACGUGGCGGCCGCCGAGCUGGGCCAGCGUGGGGAAGAGGCUGCUGGGGAUGACAGGCUCAUCCAUGAGCAGGACUUGGCGUGGCUGCAGCAGGCGGACAGGGUCGUCGCAGAAGUGACACAGCCAUCCUUGGGUGUUGGCUAUGAGCUGGGCCGGGCUGUGGCCCUCAACAAGCGGAUCCUGUGCCUGUUCCGCCCACAGUUCGGUAGAGACAGGGUCUCUCUCUGUCACCCACGCUGGAGUACAGUGGCACAAUCAAGGCUCACCACGGCCAUGGCUCACCGCAGCCUCGAUCUCCCAGACUCAAGGCAUCCUCCCACCUCAGCCUCCUGAGCAGCUAGGACUACAAGUGUGCACUCCCAUGCCUGGAGUCUCACUCUUGCUCAGGCUGGAGUACAGUGGCACCAUCUCUUACUGCAAUCUCCACCUCGUGGGUUCAAGUGAUUCUCCUGCGUCAGCCUCCCAAGUAGCUGGGACUACUAGUAUGUGCCACCAUGCCCUGCUAAUUUUAUAUUUUAGUCGAGACGGGGAUUCACCAUGUUGGCCAGGCUGGUCACAAACUCCUGACCUCAAGUGAUCCGCCCACCUCGGCCUCCCAAAGUGCUGGGAUUAUAGGCAUGAGCCACUAUGCCUACCUGGCCACUAUUAAGUUUCUCAUACUUCACUGUUCUUAUCUGUCAAAUGAGAUAAAAUAAUAUUUAUAGGAUUGUUGUAAAGAUUAAAUGAUUUUUUUUCCUUUUUGAGACAGAGUCCUGCUCCAUUGCCCAGGCUGGAGUACAGUGGCACAAUCUUGGCUCACUGUAAUCUCUACCUCCUGAGUUGAAGCGAUUCUUAUGCCUCAGCCUCCUAAGUAGCUGGGAUUACAGGCAUGUGCCAUCAGGCCCAACUAAUUUUUAUAUUUUUAGUAGACACGGGGUUUUGCCAUGUUGGCCAGGCUGGUCUCAAACUGCUGGCCUCAAGUGAUCCACCUGCCUCGGCAUGCCAGAGUGCUGGGAUUAUAGAUACGAGCCACUGUGCCCAGCUGAAUUAAAUGAUUUAAUCAUACAAACUCUUAGAAUAGGGCAAAUGGUCAAUACUCCUGUCUUAUCUUUACCUUCUGUCUAUCUGCUCUGUCAGGACAUAAAACCCAGAUGGAAAUGUCA